AUGCUGAAGGAGCUCCAGCUCUCCCUGUCCGUCUUCCUGCUGCUUGUCUGUGGCUUUCUCUACCAGCUGACCCUGAAGUCCAGCUGCCUCUUCUCCUGCCUGCCUCCCUACAAGUCCCAGCAGGGGCCAGAAGACCUCCUGAGCCACCAGCGCAGCAUCGUGUUCCUGGAGACCUCGGAAAGAAUGGAGCCACCCCCACUUGUGUCCUGUGCUGUGGAGUCUGCUGCCAGGAUUUAUCCUGAGCGGCCCGUGGUGUUCUUUAUGAAGGGUCUCAACAGUUCCACACAGCUGUCCCCAAACUCCACGCACCCCGCCUUCUCUCUCCUCUCAGCAAUAGACAACGUUUUCCUCUUCCCUUUGGAUAUGAAAAGGCUGCUGGAAGACACACCAUUGUUUGAGUGGUACACUCAAAUCAACAUCACUGCAGAGAGACACUGGCUCCAUGUCAGCUCGGAUGCAUCUCGCCUGGCCAUCAUCUGGAAAUACGGCGGCAUCUACAUGGACACUGACGUCAUCUCCAUCAAGCCCAUCCCUGAGAAGAACUUUCUGGCCGCACAGGCCUCUAAGCACUCUAGUAAUGGGGUGUUUGGGUUCCUCCCUCACCACCCCUUCCUGUGGGCGUGCAUGGAAAACUUUGUUGAACACUACAAUUCAGCCAUUUGGGGCAACCAGGGCCCCGGUUUGAUGACGAGGGUGUUGAAGGUGUGGUGCAAACUCAGAGACUUCCAGGAGGUGAGUGACCUGAGGUGUCAGAACUUGUCCUUCCUACACCCCCAGAGAUUUUACCCCAUCUCCUACCCAGAGUGGAGGCGCUACUACAAGGUCUGGGACACAGAGCCAAGCUUCAACAACUCCUACGCGCUGCAUUUGUGGAAUUACAUGAACCGGGAGAGGAAGGCUGUGGUUAGAGGAAGCAAUACGCUGGUGGAAAACCUCUACCGCAAGCACUGUCCCAGGACUUACAGCGACCUCAUUAAGGGCCCCAAGUGGUCAGUGACUGGGGAGCCGGGUCCGGGCAACAACUAG